AUGCGUCAGGCCGCCUUCCUGGUAGUGCUAGCGGCCGUCCUCGCUGUCUGCACUCACGGUUUGGUCCUUGGGGAAGGUGUUGCUCGUCGAGCCCAACACUUGGAGAACGACCCUCAUAGCGACCCCGGCAUGAACGCGCGUCGUCACCUGAGAGGCAGUGCGAGCGCAGUGAGCAAGGCUGCAACUUCGACUAACCCAGAGGACGAAGAGAGGGCGAUCACUCAAAGUCUCGACAAGUUCAAGGCUCUGUUCAAGAAGUCGCCAGACCUGACCAAGCUGAAAGGUCAACUAGGGACCAAGGCUGAGCUCGCCAGGAUCGAGAACAUUGCGCGGCAAGAUCCCGUCCUGAAGGCAGCUUUGAGCGACCCGACAAAGGCGAAGCGGUUGCAAAAGAAAUUGUUGGCGAAGACUGAGGACCCCCGUGUACCUAGCGUCAUGGAGGCAGUCUAA